UGCUCUUGCCUUUCUUCGCUGGACGUCUGCAACGCCUCAUGGUCUUGCCACACUAUCUCUGCUCGAGCGUCCAAAAUGCCUUCCGUGCAAGGCACGCCCGCAUCGCCGUCAACCACACCCGUCAGAACCUCGGCAUCCUCUCCAUCCUCCUCCGCUCUGGGAUCAUCUCCUCGCUCACGCGCGGUACCAUCUCUGAACCCUCACCCGACGCUUUUCGCGAGGCGGGCGACGCCCAGAGGAGAAUCUGGGUCGAGCUCAAAUAUCGCGAUGACCGGCCGGUCCUCACGCACAUGGAGCUCGUCAGCAAGCCCAGCAAGGGCAUCAGCAUGGACCCGUCGGAGAUCCGGAGGAUAUGCACCGGGCGGAGGGCGAAGAACGUCAAGCCACUAAGGAUGGGCGAGGUGGCUGUCAUUCGGACGAACAACCAGGAGCAUGAGUGGCUCGAGGCGAGGGAGGCCAUGCAGUUGCAGCUCGGCGGGGAGGUAAUUUGCAGGGCACGAUAGUCCUCGUGGAUGGGCCCUCAUUGUGUAAAUUAUGUCCCUGCAGUCGCGCUAAUCCGUGUUUCCUCCAAAUUGGCAUUGCUACGCUUGAUUGAGUCAUGCAUCGGUGCGCCGAAAAAGGCUCAAAGG